UUGCUCCUACCUACCACUACUUUUACUACUUGUCACGUUUACGAUGAAAAGGAAUAUUCAAGAGAAUGCAAUAAAAAUUUUCGAAUAGUCUACCUCAUUACCCAUUUGUCACUCAUUGCUUCUCGUUCAGAAAUAUGCUGGGACAAGUUCGAUGUGAACUAUCGCAAUCAAUGCUUAAACGGUCAUUGGAAACAACGGUAUUAUUUUGAUCAUGCCUCGUUAACAUGCAGACAAUUCUGGUACGACGGAUGCCGAUCGGAUUCAAGAAAUAUGUUCGAAGAUCUGCUAACCUGCCAAUGGUUGUGCGAAUCACAACCAAUGUAUAAAUCAAGAGCCUGCCUACAGGAUUUCGAUAGCCACUACAAGGACCAAUGUAGUGGGGGUCGAUGGAGACAACAGUAUUAUUUCGACAAAAGUGCCAAGAAGUGCAUAUCAUUUUGGUACGAUGGUUGCACCGGUGAAAGUGAAAAUAUCUUUCAAGAUGAAACCUCUUGUCUACACACAUGUGAGAAUCCAGCCAAAAACGAUCGUCAUGAAAAUACGUCUUUUUCAGAGCCAAAUUUAACCGAUAUCUGUGCAGUGUCAAAUCCAUGUCGUAAUAACGGUAUAUGCGUGUUUGUGUGGAAGAAAAACACUUAUUACUGCAAAUGUGAGGAUGGAUACACUGGACAAAACUGUACGGAAAAAAUCGAUAGCGAUCCGUGUGCGACCCAUCCGUGUAAAAAUGGAGCCACUUGUCUGGCAAAGGUGCAGAAGGGAAAAACGACAUUCGAAUGCUAUUGCACCAUCGGUUACGGUGGACCACAUUGCGAUCAAAGGCCAUGCGAUGUGAAUCCAUGCCUUCAUAAUGGUACAUGUCGCACAACUGCUGGAUUGAGUUCUUAUUUCUGCGAUUGCAAAGAAGGAUUUGGCGGAAGAAACUGCGAUAUUGCGAUUGGAUCCAAAUUACCGGAAGAACGAUACGGAUCGAACGUGUUACUUGUUUCAAGCGGUAAAGCUGAAUGGAUACAAGAAAUGAAAGAAAGACUUGGAGGGCAAAAGAAAACUACUCCGCCGUCAAUGGCUGAUGAACCGUACGAAGAAGACAAAAAUCUUCAAGCAGCAACCGAAUCAGUUCAAAGAUUUCCAAAACGAGUGGAAUGCUUGAAGUCCUCUGAUCCGCAAAGUAUACCUAAACAUUAG